UCUCUCCCUUCUUUGUUCACCGUUUUCUUUCUUCCUUAUAAUCUGUUUCUUCUUCUUCUUCACACGAAACUUCCUUUGCUUCCUCUUGAAGCUCUUAUCUCUUUCAACUUCUUCACCUGCUUAAAUCUCAAGCUCAAGUUUGAUUUUUUCCGGGAAAAGUGUCACAACAAUAACACGAUUAAAUUCUGGAGAAUCCAUAGCGAACAGUUGGAGUUGAAGAGCUACUGAGAUAUCUUGACGCUACGAAACAGAGCACUAUUGUUGUAGGAGAGACAGGGGAAAAAAUUCGUCGCAUUUUGAUUUGAUUCAUGGAUUCUAAUUCUCACAAUCAUCACUACGACCCGAAUCACAUAUCUUCUUCCGGGUCGGGUCUUCUUCGUUUUCGAUCAGCUCCAAGCUCCGUUCUUGCCGCUUUUGUUGACGACGAGAAGAGUGGGUUCGACUCCGAUAGGUUGCUCUCCAGAUUCGCGAGCUCUAAUGGUGGAAACGACGAUCUGGACUUGCCGAAUCCGAGUGAAUUCGAGGAUAAGUCUCCGGUUUCUUUGACGAACACCUCUGUAUCAUACGCCGCCACUCUUCCGCCGCCGCCGCGGCAGACUGAGCCGUCGAGCUUUCUGGGUUUGCCGCCGCAUUACCCGAGACAGAGUAAAGGGAUGAUGAAUACGAUUGGCUUGGAUCAGUUUCUGGGUAUGAAUAAUCAUCACACUAAACCAGCUGAAUCCAAUCUUCUCCGGCAAAGCAGCUCGCCGGCCGGGAUGUUCACGAACCUCUCAGAUCAGAACGGUUAUGGUUCGAUGAGGAGUUUGAUGAAUUACGGUGGUGAAGAAGAAGAUGAAGACAGACCAUCUAAUUCCAACGGAUUAAGACGCCAUUGCAGCCUCUCUUCAAGGCCACUUUCUUCUCUGGGAAUGCUCUCUCAGAUCCCUGAAAUCGCCACGAACUUUCAAUAUAACCAUUGGAAUGAUCCGUCCAGCUUCAUUGAUAACUUAUCCUCUCUCAAAAGAGAAACAGAGGACGACGCAAAAUUGUUUAACGGAGCUCAGAACGGAGAGUCGGGAAAUCGAAUGCAGUUACUGUCGCAUCACUUGAGUCUACCAAAGUCAUCAGACAUGGCUUCAGUGGAUAAGUUUAUGCAGCUACAAGAUUCUGUACCUUGUAAAGUUAGAGCCAAACGUGGUUGCGCCACACAUCCUCGAAGCAUCGCUGAACGGGUAAGAAGAACGCGGAUAAGCGAACGAAUGAGGAAAUUACAAGAGCUUGUUCCUAAUAUGGACAAGCAAACGAACACUUCGGAUAUGUUGGAUUUAGCUGUGGACUACAUUAAAGAUUUACAAAGACAAUAUAAGAUUUUAAACGACAAUAGAGCUAACUGCAAGUGUAAGGAGAAGAAGCCCGUAUAGAACGCAACAAAGUGUGUACAUACUACUAAUGAAAGCAGAGAGAAUGAUAUGAAAGAAGGAAACAAUGUCAUGUCUGAACAUUUUUUAGAAUAGACCAAAUUGUCUAUGUAAACCCUGAGAAAAAAAAGCAUCUGCUUUCAACGACUUCUCAGCAAUAAAAUAGUUCUCUCCU